UUCACUCUCAAGUCUGGAACAAUGUUUGCACGUGGAGUCAUCGUCCUUCUUUGUGUCCUAGUGGUCGUAUCUGAGGGAGAGAGAGCGCCUGAGCCUGAUCCUGAGCCUGAGCCUGAGCCUAGCUUUUGCCCAAUGAUCUAUUUCCCCGUGUGUGGAUCUGAUGGAAUAACAUACGGCAAUGAAUGCCUGCUGCGUGCUGCCAGCCAGGGAUCAAACACUAAAAUCGUUAUCCUGAAGCAUGGCAGAUGCGAUGAAGAUCUGCAGGAGUGACACAGGAAUGGCACCACAAUUCAGCUUGACAGACCUUUAGUCAGCAUUAUUGUACUCGUGUCUCAUUCAUUAUAACCUCAUUGUGUAACGGUUUAAUCCCUAAAUAAAUGCUGUAUAUUGAA